GAGCCGGAAUAACGCUAUCUCCUGGCGUGUUUCUAUAACAAAAUUAGCUGGUUUUGGCAAAAGCCUUAAAUAGGUUCAUUUGUUGGAGUAGUUUACUCUAGAAACCUGCUUUUAUCUCCUGGUGGGAUGUUCAUCUUUUAUUUCAGACAGUAUAUUUUCGACCUUAAUGGUUCAACCGGAUGGAGUAUGUUUUAUUUGACGUUGGCUGAUAAUCACUUAUGUAAACGACCAGCCAUUCAAAUCCCUCUGAGCCCAAUACUGUGGCUGGUUGGAACGCCACGUGAUUGAAAACAAACUACUGGACUGGAACGAGAAUCAACAGUGGAUCGGUAAUGAUAUGAUGAUUAUUGCACGAUAAAAUAUGCUGACAGCAGCUGAGGACGUAAGGGAUUGAGCGUAUAAAUAUUGGCUGUGAGAAGGAACUCUGGUGAGAAGCAACGGGAGAUUCUUCCCAAUCCAUUCACCUCAACGCACGCAAUAUAACUUGUGAGGACUUGUGUCCACUAGUCGAUGGAUUCAUUCAUAAUAAGCCGAUCGAUUUGGAAGAGAUGAGACAAAAUAAUUUAUGGUACUUAUAAGUCCACACGAGCAAUCGUGCUUUCCUGUGAAAAACUGACCUUAAAGUUUCGAGAUUGAAGAAACUAUCACUCGGUUGGAUAGCUCAAAACCUCAGCGAGAUAUCUAGGUCUCUCGGUAUAAAGCUGUAGUGUUUUAAGAUUUGUAUGGGGUUUGAUAUUCGUCAUGCUGCAUGGAACUCCUGAUAAAUACGACGUUUUCAGCUCCAUAAUGUCAUGUGCUGCUGAAGCUUCUCGAAGUUGACACAGCGUCUAGGUCUGAUGGUCUCUUUUAGACGUCUCAUUGUCUCGAAGUUAUGGACGAUUCGACGAGGCAAAUGGCUACAAAUAUUACUUGCCUUCCUAGUAUUUAUAGGAGUUAAGUUCGUAUUGCAGGAUAUUACUCGAAUCAUAGGUACACCAGAAGUUGGUAAUGCUUCACCGAAUGUACACGAUGUUCAAACGAAAGGAUUAAACCAAAAGAAUUAUAAACUUGCUUGGUUAGGCCACGAAGAUGUGAAUUUGAACGAGAAAAUAAGGACGAAAGGAAAACACGGUGUACGGUACAAAGAAAACCAUGAUGAAUUAUCCAUUAACAGUGAUGACCAAGCAGACCAAAACAAGUCUAUGUACACAAAGCGAAAGUUUAUCUUUGCUUUCCGCUAUUAUGAACAGCUUGGCAGAGCCACAAACAACCUUUUAGCAUUAACAUCUUGGGCAAAGUACAGAGGCAGUUUAGUCGUCUCGCCGUUCGUGAAUAAUUCCAGAAUGUCAGGCCUUAGUAGAGGGGUCAGUCAUUUUUUGCGGGCAACCUCUACGAUGCGUUUUGGUCCCUUGGAUGAAUAUUAUAACGUACCUAAGCUGAAUCAAAACCUACAAAAACAUGGUUACGGGACUCUAGCAAGCUUUGUUGAUUUUGAAAAUGAAUGUCAUCAUCGUCUAAAUAUUGUGAUCCAUUUUUUAUACUCCGAUCCCGAUUCUUUAAAAGAUGCUGCAGAAUGGUACAGGAAGACGUUUAAAGAAAUGAGAGUUAUUUAUUCAAAAGCCAAAGUCGAUGGCUGGCUUCCUUGUCCUUUUGUUCGUCAUUCACGUCUUCAGAAACAGCUUCGUUUCAAAGUUAGUCGAUAUGUUUGUGUUGAUCCAGACAUCAUUCGCACGCCAGAAGAGCUGGAAGAAAAAGUAAUUCAAAGUCGUCAAUGUGUUGGGGUAGUCCUAUGGAAAGGUACCGGCAAAAGUCGUACCCAUUUUCCACUUGCUUCACCUAUAUCUCAUCCGCUCAGUCCAUCGGAUGUUGACUUUAAUCCCACACUUGUGAAAAUUGCUAAAGACUUCGUUCGUGAGAAGAUCGGAUCUAAUUUUAUUGCUAUACAUGUACGAAUUGAAAGGCAUUAUUCACGAUUAGGAAUGAACGUCACCUACCGUUGCAUGAAGAAGCUCAUCAAUAGGAUUACGGAGGCUCGCAAACACUUCAAAAUCAACAAGAUAUUCCUAGCUUCUGAUCUACCUGUGUAUGGCUCGGAUACAUUCAAACCGCAAGAUUCGCUCCUCAAAGAUCGUGAAGUGCUCUUAAAUUUCUUAUUGAAGGAACUCGACUUCCCGAUUACAUAUAAACCUGUUCAAAUCUACGAUACAGGUUCGAUUGCCAUUAUAGAAAUGAAUAUCCUUGCUGCAGGGGAAAAAAUCUACACUUUAGGAGGAGGGAAUUUCCAGGAAUGGAUACUGAAUUUAUUUCGUAAAAAACAAGGGGGAAAAUCGAGGAAUAUUCAUCGAUUAUGUGAACUUACAUAACACAUUACAAGAAUUAGAAAAUAUCAAAGAAUAAGCACAACAUAGCUAACUGGGUAUAUUGGGUUGAGAUUACGACAUGUUUUCAUUCAAAAUAGGUUUGGAAUUUAGAAGUCAAAUCACAUGUUUAUCGACGGGCACAUCAGUUUACACAUCAGACAUCCAUCCCAUUCUUGUUAUUAUAUUCAUUCACUAUUUGUUUUUCCAAGGAUUGCACAUAAUCUCAUACAGUAAGGUUCGUGCAGUAUUUAUGGACUAUAUCGAUUGAUGUCAACGAUAUAGGCAAUCAACAAAGCAUCUUCUGUAGUUUUGACGUAUUUUAUGAAUUUUUCAUAUCCUUGUACUAAGACUUUUUUUCAUGAGGACGACAGAAUCGAAAAAAUUCCCUCUGAAAGACCGCGGUAAAGGCUACUUUCAACAUGCGCUUUGUUAGAAUCAUAUUUUCGCUAAAAAAAAUAUAACUUAAAUGCUAAAUGCAAGAAACGAAUGAAUGCAAAACAGAUGUAAUUUAAAGAAAAAACCAAAAUGGUAAUUAUCAAAGGAAUAGAUUAACAUUUCAUAAAAAAUCAACUUAAGUUAAAAGCUAUUUUUAUGGAAUUUCGGAUGUCUAUAUAUUUUCACAACGAAUUCUAUAUGAUAUGGAUAUUAAUCUAAAUUAUGAAGAAAUCUUUGAGAGUACGUCAGUUCGUUUGAAAAAACAGGGAGAAUUAAGAAAGGACGAUAGGAAAGAGUCUCAGAUCCUAUAGACGGGAUUUACGGAUGCAAUGUUGUGGAGCGAACCAACGUAUUUUUUUUAUUUCGGAAAUAGAAUAUUAAUUCGUUUUCAUUUUAAAAAAGCUACAACAUUCAUCGAUGAAACCCUUCUAUCUAACAUUGACUGGAACAGAAAAGGAUUUGGGGUCUAAUAACAAGCGAUUCAAAAAGGAAUUCACCUAGCUUAGAACUAUCAUUGUUUCGCCCCUCAUUAUUUAUAUUAUCUAUUUAUAUAACUUUCAAUUUGGUGAUACGUUUGUAUUUAGGAUAAUUCUUUAUUAAAAGAUGUCAUUCAUUCGAAAAUAAUGAAAAUGCCUGA